GAUCCAACCAAAGCCUGCAUUUUCUCCUUCAUGAUUGGCCAGUCUUUUCUGGACUUCAUCGCGCUUCAAGAUCUUGAGGUGGUGAGCAAAUUACUCACUGAAUGUCAAGCGGCCAAUCCGAGUCCUCAAGUUGCAGUCACAGCAACAGCCGUUGUCACAGCAACCAGUGACGGGAUCGACACUGCAGCCACUUCGUGUCUCAUCGAGUCUUCCAAACAAUUCUGGCCCCUACCUGGCUCCAUUGGCAGCUGCAUCGACAAGGGACACACAGAUCGUUUAUGA